AUGCUGUUGAAAUCCGUCCAGCGGCUGGUCCUGCCGCCAACGGCAGACAUGCAUGUCCACUUACGCCAGGGCGAUAUGAUGGACCUCGUUGCUCCCACUGUUCGACAAGGCGGCGUUGAUACUGUUUUCGUAAUGCCCAAUCUUGUUCCCCCAAUCACAACCGUGGAACGAGCCCUCGAGUACAAGUCUCAACUGCGCAGCAUUGAACCCAAGGUUCACUACAUGAUGUCUCUAUUCCUUCAUCCUUCUGUGACCCCCGAGGUAAUUGCUCGGGCUUCCCAAGCAGGCAUCACCGGAGUCAAGAUGUAUCCUCAGGGUGUCACCACCAAUUCUGAGAAUGGUGUAGCAAAUGUGGAGGCCUUCUACCCUACCUUUGCGGCUAUGGAAGAAAACGACAUGGUCCUGAACCUGCAUGGCGAAGUCUUGGAGGCAUUGGCUCCUGAAGGAACUACACUGGAAGAGGCUUUUCUGCCUACGUUGAAAAAGCUUCAUGAUCGCUUUCCCCGCCUGCGCAUAAUCCUCGAACAUUGCACGACAUCUGCCGCCGUCGAAGCCGUCAAAGCAUGUGGGCCUACUGUUGGUGCAACUAUUACCGCCCACCACCUCUAUCUAACAGAAGCUGAUGCUUGCUGUGACCCAUUCGCCUUUUGCAAGCCUAUUCCCAAGAAGCCGACGGACAGAGAUGCCCUUUUAAAGGCUGUGGUCAGCGGCAACCCCAAGUUCUUCUUUGGAAGUGAUAGCGCGCCGCAUCUGAUGCAAUCCAAGAUUUCUACGGAGCAGGGAAAAGCUCCUGCUGGAGUCUUCACCCAACCUGUUGUAACGCAACUGGUCCUGAUGGCCUUGCAGGAGGCAAUCGAGCGCGGUGAUAUUCCCGAAGCUGAUGUAACUCGGGAAAAGUUGGAAGGGUUCCUCAGCUACUUUGGACGCAGGUUUUAUAAACUUCCUGAAUUGCCCGGCGAGAAGAUUGUAUUGGAGCGAAAGGGCGAAAAGAUUGCUACCACGGUGAAGAGCUCCGAUGGCACAACAGAAGUUGGGAUUUCUCGCGCUGGCACCGAGGUCUUUUCGUUGACCUGGACAGCCGCGUAG